AUGGAGCUGCCAAAGAAGGAGCUCACGCCGCUCCUCAAGAUCACACCGCCGCGCUACAACGCCAAGAUCCCAAACUUCUCGCCGCUCGCAGAAAUCCACACGAGCUCAUCGUCGCCGCAGUCGGCGCACCCAGCGCCCACUGAGCUCUACUUGAGCACAGAGAGCGUGGCCUUUGCCUUCCAGCCGCGCCAGCCGGUCAAGCAGCCGAGCCCCAGCCCGUCGCUCGUAAGCGAUGUCACGCCCUUGUCGUCGCCAGCGUCCGACGUUGUCAUUGAGGACGAGUGCUUGUCGAUCUUGGACCCGUACUUUGACGUGACGCCGUCCCGCCUUCACUUGGCGUUUGACGAAGCCGACCCAACCCACUCGGGUGUCUUGAGCCGCGAUGGACUGCGGCAUGGCCUCGAGAGUCUUGGCAUCCGGUGCGCCGACGCGCCCGCGAUCUUUGAUGUGCUCCUCUCGUUCGUCAAGGAGCCAUUGUCGCGCUCGGUCUUCGAGGACAUUGUGCAAAAACUCAAGCUCGGCAAUCUCUUUGAUGAACAAACGGUCGCGCUCUUUACCGACUCGGUGUACGCGCCGGCGCGGAUCGAAGUCGUCGAUUUCUCAUCGACGCGCCUCUCGCACUACAAGCCCGAGCUCCGGUCCUUCUUUAUGAACGACCGCGCGCCGUGGGCGUCGUGUCGCUGGAUCAACGUCCAGGGCCACGACCACUUGAACCUCAAGCGGCUCGCGAUCAAGUACCGGCUGCACCCGCUCGCGAUGGAAGACACGAUCGAGCUCAACGAGCGGCCGAAAUUCGACUCGUACGAAACCCAUCGGUUUGUCAUUUUUCCCGUUUUGCGCCAAACCAUUCUAUUUCCCAGUACGUCCACAUCGUCUUCCUCACGCAUCCGAUGGCUCCUGACGAUGCCCUCGCAUAGAAGAGACCAAGCACGAAGCGCCCAUGGACGACAGCUGGUGGAGCUACCUCACAAGCACCUCGCCGUCGAGCACGUCGCGAUCUUCGUGGUUGAUGACGAUACGCUCAUCACGGUUAAGCCGACGCGGCCCAACGACAUUUGGCGCACCGUCCACAGGCGCUUGGCCUCGACGUACUCGAAGGUGCGGCACAACGGCGCCAACUUCCUCUUUUACACAGUGCUCGACGUCAUUGUCGACGACAUGACCAACGCGAUGGACCAAGUCCGGCAGUACCUCAUGCACUUGGACCGCGAGCUCGCGCGCCUCCUGCAUAACUUUGACAUUGGCGUCCUCCGCGACGUGCAAAUCGAGCUCGCGCAGCUCCCGCGCGUGAUCAAGCCGACGCGCGACGUGCUCAAGAGCGUUCUAGAGAGCGCCGAGCUCCCCGAAACGACCAAGGCGUACUUCCGCGACGUGCACGACCACACCAACCAUAUUCUGGACGAGAUCGAGUGGCAGUCGCAAAUGUGCCGGGGCAUGAUCGAAGAAUACCGCGACGCCAAGUCGACGCAGACCAACUACGUCAUGUACACGCUCACGAUCGUCACGACGGUCUUCCUCCCCGCGCAGUUUCUCACGGGCGUCUACGGCAUGAAUUUUGACUACAUGCCCGAGCUCCACUCGCGCUAUGGGUACCUCGUGUUCUGGGGCCUCAUCCUCUUCAUCACGAUCACGCUGCGCUUUUACUUUCGCCUCAAGCAAUGGGUCUAA